GUCACGUGUUCUGCAGUCACGUGAUCAUCUCCCGGCCCACUGCUAGUUUACGACGGUCGUAAACCAGAUCCAGCUGACGGAAGUGGAGUGAGUUCGGGCGUUCCGGUAUUAUUACUAAUAAUCGGCGAUUAUUACCAGAUCGGGCAAUAGUUUAAUGUAAGUAUUGGUCUUACAGUAUUCUGACUGCAUGUAUUAUUGUGUAUGAGGAUUUAAUGCUGUCUAUCUAUCUCUCUGUAUGUCUGUCUAUCUCUCUCUCUGUGUGUCUCUCUGUCUGUCUAUCUCUCUCUGUGUGUUUCUCUGACAGCAAUUCAUGGGAAUCCAGCUAUUAUGAGUGUAUUUGUUACACUAUCUGGUUGUAGCCCAAGGCUGAGUUGUAUUAUGUUGUUUACUGAAAGUCAGUGAUUGACAACCAUUUCUGGACCGAGUUACACCAUCUUUUUAUUUUUAUUUUUUUAAUACCUUAUUCAGCAGUGUCCCAGGUACUUGACUCGUUACUAAUACUUUCAGCCAUAUUGACAUAUUGGUAUUUAAAAUAAUAAGCACCAUAACCACUGCAGCACAGUGUGUUGGUUAUGGUGCCGGAAGAGUACCAUUAAUAGGAGGGCACAUAGAUAAAGUAAACAACCAAGAUUUAUAUAGACCAGGUGCUCAACUAUGUAUAACCGCUUGUUCAAAGAGCAACAACACAUAUUAUGCUAAUGACCGCACCUAUAGAUAAAAAUAUAAACUUUAUUAGAUAUUCGUAAAGUAAAAUCACAGGGUACAUAUAUAUAGAUCACAUAAACAGAGUGCAAAUAAAAUCAGAAUACGCCCCUUAUUAUAGUAGAACCGUAAGAAAUCAUAAUUAGACAAAGAGUCAAUAUAAACCAAAAUCCCAGGCCAUUUAUUCCAUACAUGAAUAUACAUACUCACAGAAAAAACAAACCGUUUUGAGAACAGACAACACACAAUACAACAUGGUACCCUCUGUGUUAAAAUGUGUUGGCAACUUACCUGGGUCUCACUGGGCACCCACAUCUUAAGCCACAUGACUAAGGUAAGUUGUUAAACUGUUCUAAAAUGGGAGAGCAACAGGAAACUCCUGCACCAUAACUACUAUAGUGUGCUGUAGUUGUUAUGGUGCAUGGAGUUGUUGUUUUAUUAAUAACCUGAUAGGAAUACCUGUUUUAAUGCUGGGACUAAUUAUAAAGUAACACUAACAUUAUAAUUACAUAUAGGUGUUUAUAAAGUUUUGUAUUCAUAGAUCCUCCUCUAUAAGUUAAAGUGGCUUUAUCUCCCAAUUUUUUUAUUUAUUUUUUUAAAACUUUUUUUUUUGGGUGUUUCAUAAAGAUACAAAAUUCCAACAUAGGCAAAAUAUAUCAUUAGUCAAAGUAUGGACACUUUUUUUGUCUUGUGGUAAAGCCUCAACUUGAUGACACUUGAACAGGGCCACUUUAAAAAACAAAAACACAUAUACAUACUCCCCUUUCCUCUAGUGGCAUCCCAAUCUCUCUGUGGCUACUACUCUUUUCUCUGUUGAGAUUAUGCGGAUGGACAAUCAUGGCCAAUCAGAUGCUUCUUCAUCAAGAUGCACUGAGGCCCCUACUGCACAUCUGCAGCAAUUGUCACACUGAAGCAAUUGUUUUAGCUACAUUUAGAAGCAGUAUGGAAGCUUGUCCAUACUUGGAAAAAAUUAUAUUAGAGAUCUAUUGGAGUAUGGUAUUCGGCACACACUGACUUAAAUUCAUGGAUUGUAUAGUCCACAACAGUUGGAGUGCCGAAGGUUUGCCCGCACAUGCGCCCAAGUCAAGCAUGUUCACCAAAUUAUCCAUAAGCUGUGUAAAAAAUAAAUAAUAAUAAUAAAAUAAUGGAUAGUGCGAGUAUUUUACAUUUUUGGAUUUGUAUUCUUGCCCGCAGGUUGCGCCACUCAUGGCUAUGAGACCUCAGGCGGCUGUGGCCGGAAAAGUCUUCAUACAGAGAGACUACACCAAUGGCACUCUGUGUCAGUUCCAGACAAAGUUUCCCACUGAGCUGGAGACCCGGGUAUGUUUGAGAAAAAGAUGCCUAAAAUGCUUUGAACUCCACAAAAGUAUAUGUGUAAAUUCUUCUAUAUUUACUUCUUUGUGAAUGCAGCAUAAUUUUGUGAUCCCUUCACUGUAACUGAUAUUUUCACUGUAUUCAGAGAAUUAAAUCCAUGUUUGGAUUUCCAGAGUUUUUUCUAUCUCAGUCUGGGGAUUUGGCAUUGAAUGUCAGUUGCAGUUUUCCAUGGUAAAACAAUAAAUGUAGUCCGGGCACUCAGGAUCACUUAUUUUAUUAACCUUUUUAUUCACUGCGUCAGGGGGUGGGGGAGGCAGAGUGAGCUAUUAUUCAAGGAAUACAGCAUCCCUUUAAAUAACUGCUUUUCAUACAUUGCUAUUUACAUACUGAUUCUGCCAGCAGGCAUCUGUUGUGUCUAAGAAAACACAUGUUUAUGAUGAGUACCUUAUGUAAAGAUUUGAAAGGACCACUAUAGUGCCAGGAAAACAUACUCGUUUUCCUGGCACUAUAGUGCCCUGAGGGCACCCCCUCCCGUCGGGCUCUGGGGAGAGGAAAGGGGUUAAAACUUACCUUUCUCCAGCGCUGGGCGGGGAGCUCUCCUCCUCCGAUCCUCCUCUUCUCCUCCCAUUCGGCUGAAUGCGCACGCGUGGCAAGAGCUGCACGCGCAUUCAGCCGGUCGCAUAGGAAAGCAUUUACAAUGCUUUCCUAUGGACGCUUGCGUGCUCUCACUGUGAUUUUCACAGUGAGAAGCACGCAAGCGCCUCUAGCGGCUGUCAAUGAGACAGCCACUAGAGGCUUUGGAGGAAGGUAUACCCAUUUGUAAACAUAGCAGUUUCUCUGAAACUGCUAUGUUUAUAAAAUAAUGGGUUAAUCCUAGCUGGACCUGGCACCCAGACCACUUCAUUAAGCUGAAGUGGUCUGGGUGCCUAGAGUGGUCCUUUUAACUGAUGAUCAUGCUCCCUGGUUUUCAGUGAUGAACAAUGUUGAAAAUGUUAUGAAACUUGUCAACUCCUGGCUUAUAGUAUUUAAAAUUAUGACUGUUCAUAAAAAACUUUGAAUGGAAUAUUGAAUACAUACCUUAGAAUAAACCUUUAGUUAAUUAUCAAAACUGAUUAGAAAAUAUCAGAUAUUGCUCCGCUGACGUUUGCAGCAAUAAAGAUGCAAUAAAAUGCUGCCAUAGUACUAUGUCCAUUUGAGGGAAAGUGAUACUCUGUUAUGUAAAGUAAUACAAGAGGAGGAAAAACUAUUUUCAUAUGUUUUUCUGUAUUUACUUUACAUGUUUGUGUUUUUCAAAUCUCGAUUCCUUUUUUUUUUUUUUUGAGUAAAUGGAGCAUACAAUGGCAUGGCCUAUCUGCAACAUAGCAUUACCCUCAUACACAAAGUGGUGGGCAUCAGUUUACUCCUCAUUCACGUAAAUAGAAUUUACUGAACACGUGGUUAUAUCGUAGAUUUUACCAUGUUCUAAACAGACAAGCUUAUAUUUGAAAUAUUAGUGUAUACAAAAAACUAAAUCUCAGCAGUUGUGGACCACUCUAGCAUCUUGAAACUGUAAUUUGGAUGGAAUUCGACACAUGUAAAAAGAUGAAUUGUAUCAUUGCUGUAUUGAAGAGACCUUCUAGAGUGGAGUUGAGCCAUUCCUUCAUUUUGUUUAUUAAUUUAUUUUUUUCAAUGUUCUAAAGAUAAUGCAUUAAAAUAUUUACAGAGACAUUAAUGAUUGGGAAUUUGAAACAGGGUGAAUUUUGGGGCCCAUGGAAACCAAGCAAAGCUUUUUGUUCAUACUUCAUUAAAGUAAUGCUUUAGUUUUGUCAUGUUAUCUUGGGGGAUAAUUGGGGACUACACUUUUUGUACAUUGAAAAUAGAUUAAAAUCUGGGCUAACGAUGGACAAUAUAAAGUCACUAACGGAUCAGUAUUUAUUCAUCUUGUUUUUCCUUUAAUUAAAGAAACACUAUAGUGCUAGGAAUACAAACCUGUUUUCCCAACGCUAUAGUGCCCUAGUCUAAAGUUUGUUCUCAGGGCCCCCCCAACUGCAAUAAAAAAAAAUGUUAUUUAAAAAAAAAAAAAAAAAGGCAGGGGGGAUUACAUACGUAUUCUCCAGCAAACCAAGACUGCAGUGCCUUUUUUUUUUUUUUUUGCAGGAUUAAAUGACAUGGUGACUGUACCCAGACUCAUCUCAAUGAAGUGGGCUUGGUGACUUUUUUUUUUUUUUAGGUCCCACCUGAAAAAAUUAGUAUUUCGAUAUAAACUGUAAUACUCAUUUUCACUGUGUUGGAAUUUCACAGAAAUUCCAACCCAGUCAAGAGAUAUACAGAGACAAAUUUGGGGCUAUUUUUUUUUUUUUUUCCUGUGUUUCUCCUCCGUCUGACUUUCUUAGACCCAGGGCAGAGUCUAAGUGUCAAUUCCGACGGCCAUCAUUAGUGACGCUGCAGGGAAUUGGCUGUCACUGCGGGAUUCUCCAUAGACUUCAAUGCUGUACAGCGGUGACUUAGAAGAAAACUGAACAAGAUGGCUGCGCACCAUUACCUGCCCUUACUCUCACAGUAAAGGGUUUCUUUUCAAAUAUUUUAAUUUUUUUUUAUUUUAUGAAGGUUUUAUAUUUUACAUCAAUAUAUGCAAUACUUUUAUAUUGAAUACAUAUAAGUCAAAUUGCAUAUGGAGAUACAUACAUCAAAUGUACAAACAAAACAACAACAAAAAAUUAGUUUAAAGGGACACUAUAGUCACCAGAACAAUUACAGCUUAUUGAAUGUGUUCUGGUGAGUAGAAUCAUUACCUUCAGGCUUUUUGCUGUAAACACUGUCUUUUCAGAGAAAAUGCAGAGUUUACAUUACAGCCUAGUGAUAACUUCACUGGCCACUCCUUAGAUGGCUGUUAGAGAUCCUUCAUGGGUCAUGCCUAAAAUGCACUGACCUUUCCUCAUAGAGAUUCAUUGAUUCAAUUAAUCUCUAUGAGGAGAUGCUGAUUGGCCCGGGCUGUGUUUGAAUCAAGUGUAUAUGUGUGUGUGUGUGUGUGUGUGUAUAUAUGUAUGUGUGUAUGUAUGUAUAUGUAUAUGUGUGUGUGUAUAUAUAUAUAUAUAUAUAUAUAUAUAUAUAUAUAUAUAUAUAUAUAUAUAUAUAUAUAUAUAUAUAUAUAUAUAUAUAUUUUAAAUAGUUGUAUACAUGAGACACAUAAUCCAAGGAAUUCAUGUAUAAAGUGAAAUCAUGAGGCAAAAAUGUGGUUCUUAGUUGAGUUCAUUUGCAUAUCCUACCCAGAGUCCCUUGCAGUAGUGAUAUUUCUGUGGGAAAAGCAAGUUUUAUUGCUUGACUGGUGUGUGUAUUUGUGUUUUGCAAUGUCAUAAGACUGCUUUUCCCACAGAAAUCUUACUUUAACAGUACUCUCACUACGGCAAGGGAUUCUGGGUAGGCGUAUGCAAAUGGGCUCAUUUUUGACUCCUAAUUCCAGUUUAUUCCUGGAUUCCUUGGAGUAUGUCUGCUGUUAGCAAUGUAAUAACUAUCCACUUACUUCAGGUGGAAGGUGUUUUCAUCCAAAUUUUUUUUCCCCACCACAAUUCUCUUGGUAUGUAAUAAAAAAUAUAUAUAUCUCUAUCCAUCUAUCUAUCUAUCUAUCUAUCUGUGGUCAGGGACAAUAAGCUGAGUUGUGGUGUGCCGAAACCGACAUUCGGGUAGACCUGUAAAAAGAGGGCAAAAAGUUAAGUUUAAUACGUGUCUACAUAACACCACCAAUACUUUACAUUUUAUCAGCAUUUAUAAACAUACCGGAAAGAGAAAAUUGGUUAGUGGGAGAUACUUAAUAACACCAAGAUACUGGCUGACCUAUGUUAUGCCAAGUGGUGAAACAAUUAAGCUAAAUUGGUAACUUGGGAACCUAACUAGUUGCCAAGUGGCAAUGAGAGGCUCUACCUCUGAUUUGGCCCAUUGGCUAUGUUUGCCACCGAGCAUUUUGGCGGGGUGUUGGCCUCUCGGUGAGGAUUAAAGAGAUUCAAAAUAAGUUGGCCAUGACAGGUGAGGCCGUAACUGCUUUGCCAAGAGGGCGGAGAUGCGAGGCAGUAACUAUGAUUUGGCCCAAGUGGCGAAUACCUCCGUUGUUGAGGAUGGGAGUUGGCCUCGCAGGACAGCUAUAUAAUGACACAAGAAGCCGAAAACUACUUAUGGCCACUUAGGGUACAACCAGACCAACCUAAAGAUAAAUUUUGUAGAGCGAGUGGUUGUUGUAAGAAGGGAGGUAGUAUCGUAAAGCGAAUCACUUACGUGGUGUUUUUAAAAACACAAUAUAUAAAAUAUAAUUCAAUAUAUAUUCAUUAUUUUAUUCAGUGCCUCUCUUUCAGAAGUGUGAGAUAAAUUGACACUGUGUGUCAGAAUUUUGAUCAAAAAAGUUGAAUUGGGGAUGUUUUGAAAGGAGCACCAUGGCAGACUUCAGCUUCCAUCACAACGUAAUCUGCAUGAAGUUGUUAUGGGAGCUGGAGUUGCUGGGCUAAGGCUAAAACCAGUUUUAAAACUUUUAACUGCAAAUUCGCGCCUUUGUGUGCCCUUCCACACUGCCUCCUCUGUCUUUCUCCCAGCCGCCACACUGAUGCGGAAGGAUUGUUUUGGGUACCGGUGAUUUUCUGCAUUAUCUGAAUUGGCUUCCUGUCAAACAAGGCAUUUGCUUGGAAAUCCCAGCUAACUCUUCUAAUAAUAAUAAUAAUAAUUAUUGGUAUUUAUAUAGCGCCAGCUUAUUCUGCAGCAUUUUACAAUAAAAAUGUUCUAAUUAUUAUUUAUAUAGCGCCAUCAGAUUCCGUAGCGCUGUACAAUGGGUGGACUAACAGACGUGUAAUUGUAACCAGAAAAUUGGACGUACAGGAACAGAGAGGUGGAGAGCCCUGCUCAAUGAGCUUACAUUCUAGAGGGAUUGGCUUUAAAAUCCCAGCUAACUCUAAUAUUAUUAUUAUUAUUAUUUAUUAUUAUUAUUAGUAUUUAUAUAGCUCCAGCUUAUUCCGCAGUGACUUACAAUAAAAAUGUUCUAAUGAGGGUAUUAAUAAUUAUGCAAACUUGCAUGAGAUCACAUAUCACUGCGAAGGAGUUUGCAGCUCAAUUCAUAAUACACGGGGAUGUCUGAUAUACUUCCAUGAGCUUCUAUGGCCAUUUUCAUCAUCAACUUGUCGUGACUUCAUCUGUCAAGGACCGUGUCAUUGGUGUUCUCAAUCAUUUGCAUGUUUUCAAAAUUGGAGUCUUUGCAUGAUUCACCAUGCAUUUUCAACAUUUGCAAAAAAAGGUGUCUGACAUCUGUUGAGCAGAGGAGAAAGCUUCUUGAAUAAAAUUGUAUGUAUUUUAUCUUCAAAUUAAAUUGUAAUUUCAAUGAAAUUCCAGAAUUUGAAAGGCUGUAUUCUUUCAAAGUUUCCAGUUUUGGUGUUUGAUUACACUACAGAUCAAACUUGUCACUGUGAAAACUUUGGUAGUGUGAUGAAUUCGUCUGGAGCGGUUAUGGGAAAUUGCGCUGAUCAAGCCCAUGGUUUUAUAUAGGAAUAUGCCAUUGUGAAUAAGUGUGUUCUCUUUUUGUUAAGCUGUGCAAUUCUUGCCUGUCUCAUCCAUUCUCCUGUGUUGUUUCUAAACAUUCCAGGCUGCUCUCUACAUGUAGCCUCAGGGCAUCUCAAUAGCCCAUGUACAAAACUAAUAUUUUUUUUCUGCAGAAAACCUAAAGCAGAUUUGAUUUCCUUGGCUCAUCUUAGGCUGAAUAAAAGUCUUUCCUUUUGGUGGUAGAGAUGGAUUGUGUCGCCUCCUUUAUGGUGUAUGUUCUUGCAGAUAAUUGGUGCACAGUCUGCACACUUGAUUCAGGGAGAGGAACCCUGUCUUUCCCACAUUUAACAUACUAGUGAAUACAUGCAGGGAUGGCAAAAAAAUUCCACUAGUCUCCUCACCUAUCCUUUGUGAGAAACUAAAACAAGUGUUCCAUUCCAUAUACAUAUUUUUAUUUAUUUAUUCAUUAAAUAAAUAGGUUAUAAUGAGGUUUUGGUAUGUAAUAUGUAUGUGUAAGUGCACAUAUCUACGUAUAUCUCAUAUAUUGUACACUUGUUUUAGCAGGGCCUUCUUCAGCUCUGGUCUUAUUUUGUAUGUCAGUUACAAAUUGUAAAAUAUCCCCAUUCUAUAAUUGAAAGUGUUGAGGAAUAUGUUGGUGCUAUAUAAUAUAAAUUUAGAGAAAUUAGAACAAAAUUACCUAUCCAAAUAGGUUUCUUUUGAGGUUGAAACAUACACUUUAAUUUGAUUGAUAAAACAUAACAUUUGAUUAAAAAUUCUAUUUAAAAACGUAUAAAAAAAAUGAAUUUGGUUUGAUUUUUAAAUGUUUCAUUUUAUCAAUCAAAUUAAAGUGUAUGUUUCAACCUCCAAAAGAAUGCUCAUAGGCCAGCCGGCCGACAAAAGGCAGCAUUAUUGAAAGCAUACAUAUACGUUAAAGAGCGCUGCCAUGUACAUUGUUUAUUUUUCUGUUAUCAAAUUAAAUGAACACUACAGGGUCAGGAAUAGAAAGGUUAAAACACUAUUUAGGUCCCCAGCCCACCACACCUUACCCCCUUAAAUAUAGUAGUUUAUGCAACUUUAUUCCAGUGCCGCACUUGCACCGCGCCCAAUCAGCCUCCUUGGUUGACAUCAGAAUUAAUCUCAGCCAAUUUAAUGCUUCCCCAUAGGAAGCAAUUGUCAAUUCUGAGGGGCCAAACACCCUGCUGGCAAUCAGCAUCUCCUCAUAGAGAUGCAUUGAAUCAGUGCAUAUCUAUGGGGAAACUUCAACAUCUCCAUGCAGAGCACCUCCAGUUGCCGUCUGAGUGACUGCCACUGGAUGUGUGCCUAGUAAGCAAUGUAGACAAUGCAUUUUCUUGAAAAGGCAGGUUUUACAGCAUAAAGCCUGCAAGGACUUACUAUACUCACCAGAACAACUUCAUUAAGUUGUCCUGGUGACCAUAGCGUCCCUUUAAGAGAUGUGUGUGUUGUGUUUUUUUUUUUUUUUUUAUGUUGCUAAUGGGAGGGCGGAGAUCAGAGCAGACCUUUUUAGAUCUCCCCAAAUGAUUUAUACCUCCAAAUCAGGUACAAAUACAAUGAACUUUUACAUUUACUCCAACGCUUACGUUUGUGAGUUUAAAAAAAAAAAAAAUAGUAGGACAGCCAAUGGGAAUGGUCGCAUAAUCGUUGUGCUCCUACCCGAUCGGCGAAAAGCGGCAAAUAACAGCGACUAAACUGCAGAAACAGACAACCAAACAACUCCCAUCAAGCACUGACAAGCUGCUCCACCCGAUGGCGGCAAAAAACAAACCAAAACUGGACAAAUUACUGAGAGACUGGGACAUUUUUCGCACAAAAAACGCCGGAAAGGGAACAAGAUGGCGCCGAAGAAGGAGCGGAGGCGCAGACGUCUGACACAGAGAACGAAGCUCAGGCGGGGAGUGAGGGGCCAAUAAUGGAGUCCAGAAUGAAAUCUCUGCUGGAAACAUUGAAUACCUCUCUGAUGCACCAAUUUAAAGAGGUAAUAGCCAACCUAAACAAAGAUGUGACGGAGUUGGGUGAGCGCACAUUGCAUAUAGAAAACAAAAUGGCGGAACAUGCAGAGGCCCAUAAUAGCAUGGCGGAUGCCAUGCAGGAGAUGGAGCACAAACUACAUGCCCAUGAAGAUAAGCUAACUGAUCUGCAAGAUCGUUCCAGGAGGAAUAAUGUGCGAAUAAGGGGCAUUUCGGAAGAUAUAGAUGGCAAACAAUUGCUCCAAUACAUAACAACCUUCUUUGCCAAGCUCAUACUGGAAGUGGACCCAGACCUUCUGGUCUUAGACCGCAUACACAGAGUCGGGAGGCCGAAACACAUACCGAUUUCAUCACCACAUGAUGUGUUAAUGAGGAUCCAUUAUUUUCAUGUCAAAGAUCAAAUUAUGAAAGCCAGCCGCAAAAACCGACCCCAGAAUACAAAUCGCUGCAAAUCUACGCAGAUCUCUCUCCAGCCACACUACUUCAACGCCGGAACCUGGCGCUUAUCACGACUUCUCUACGUGCUCAAAACGUGCCUUACUGUUGGGGAUUCCCCACCAAGAUCCAGGUGCUAAAAAAUGGGACUCUCCACAUGAUCAGGACGGUGGAGUAGGGACGCAAAUUACUGAGACACUGGGACAACCCUAUCCAGGAUCCGAAGCACCUACCUGCGCCCGGCCCUAGGUGGGUAAAUCCAGAGUGGCAAAAAGCACCAUGAAUUGCACCGAAAUUACCAUGACUUUGUACAUCUUAUAACAGAGAGGGCAUGAUGUUCUCAUAUGGGUAAUGUAAAUGUAAACUGUUUGUUUGAAAUUGCUGGGUGCAGUGGCCCCCCUGGGGGGUUGUGUGAGAAGCUAAUUAAAAAACGCCGGGCCCUGGAGGGGGCAUACAUAUUGUGGUACCAUUUCCCGCCGGAGGGAGCCCUGGUAUCUCAACCAGAAAGCUCGCAUAUUACUUACCAUAAGGUUUUAAUUAAAUACACACAAAAAAAAGCGCAACAUAUUAAGAUGGAUAGACGCCGUAGAAAGGGAAUACAAUCACCAAGAUGGGAAGUAGUUGAGACUUAAACUUGCAGUUUAAGAGUAUAGCCGACACCAGUGGGAAUAUUCGCACACUGGUAGAGGCUACCAUUACCACGACCCCUGGUAGUUGUCUUGGCCCUCAGGAAGGCAACUCCAGACCCCUAGGGGUUAAUUCUUGGGCCAUUGAGUUUUAUUGUAUGUAAGUUAUAAAAUGUUAUGCUGUUUCAUUCCCCUAUCCUUCUCCACCCCCCAGAACUCUUGCAAAUCUCUACCAUGGGUGCCCAGGAUAAAGCUAGUAAAGUCAUGCCAGGCCCCCGAUCAAUCCAACAGCCAAGACUACAUUUAUGAAAAUAGUCACGUACAAUGUUAAGGGGUUAAACACCCAACACAAGCGUACUCUCCUGUACAAAGAUCUGUCCAAAUGGCAUAGCGACAUAGUGUGCCUACAAGAGACACACUUUAACAAACAACCGCAAAAAUCCCUGUACCCUCAGUCAUACAGUAGUCAUACAGCACUCCACUGCUCACAAAAUAGGGUGAAUGCUCACUGACAACAUGGCAUUCACCCUAUUGCGCAUGGACAGUUAUUUGAUCAUAGUUUGUAUUGUGAACGAGAUAAAAUACACUAUAACGAAUGCCUACUUCCCAAAUACAAACCAAGCCCAGUUCUUAGAAAUGCUGUGUAAUAAGAUAGAUAAGAUCAAACAGGGUACCCUGGUGUUGUGUGGGGAUUUCAACUUUAUAGCAGAACCAGCCUUGGACUCAUCAGCCAAGCUUACAAACAUAAGAUUAAAGGCGUUGCAGGGUUCCUGCAAGUCUUUAAGAACCCGUCUUCAUUUCCAUAACCUGCUCGAUGUGUGGCGCACCCUGCACGACCAUGAAAAAGAUUAUACGUUCCACUCAGUGGUCCAUAACUCUUACUCGACCUCUUGUACACAUCACCCACAGACCUGAUCCAAAUAGAGAAUUGUGUGAUAGGACAGAUGACUUGGUCUGAUCAUGCACCAGUCUUUUUAUACAUUAAAGACGCCCACACACACACAGGGAAGGGGUUCUGGAGGCUCAACGAAUCACUACUCCAUGAUCUAGACUUUAUCAAAAGCGUUCGGGUAGAACUGAAAGAAUAUUUCGCUAGGAACAACAAUGGGGAGACGUCCCUGGAAACUCUAUGGCUGGCCAAUAAGGCGGUGAUUAGGGGCAUUUUUAUAAAGAGGGCGUCUUACCUAAAAUGGGAACGGGAAUCUCAAAUGACAGAAUGGCUCCAAAAACUAGAAAUAUUGACAAGACAAAAUAAACGCGAAGCAUCCAGUGAAUUGGCAUCACAGAUUAAGACACUAAAAUCCCAGAUUGACGAAGCCAAUUUGCUGAAAACAAACUAUCAUAUACAGAAACUAAAAGCCAGGUUCUACAACCAGGGAAACAGGGUAGGCAAAGUGCUGGCCAAUUUACUCAAACAUAGACAAACAAAACACUGUAUCUCAUCCAUAAGAAUAAACAACACAAAAAUGGUACACAAACCCCAGGACAUUAGCAAAGCAUUUGCAACAUUUUAUAAAGCUCUCUAUAACAUAGAGACAGACCAACCCAAAAUACGACCAACGGGGGAUCAGAUCCAGAACUUCCUAGACAAGGUGUCCCUCCCCAAAUUGAAUGCCAACCAAAUAGCAUCUUUAAAUGCACAUAUAUCGACUGACAAAAUCCUUAAAAUUAUAGCUGGGUUACCCCCACACAAAGCACCGGGACCAGAUGGUCUAACAUGCAAAUAUUACAAGGUUUUUGGUGACCUCUUAGAACCAUACAUGACAAAGCUAUUUAAUUCCACUAACCAAGAAAAAGGCCUACCGACAGACUUGUUACUAGCCAAUAUCAUUACAUUACCCAAGCCGGGGAAGCAACCCAAUGAAUGCAAAACUUUUACACCCAUAUCGCUGCUUAACAUGGACGCAAAGAUCUAUGCCAAAUGGCUAGCUACUAGAUUAUCCUCAGUCAUACCAACCCUAAUAAAGGGAGAUCAAGUGGGGUUUGUGUCUGGGCGCCAAGGGGCAGAUAAUUCAUGGAAGGUGGUGGACCUGUUGAGCCAUAUGAGACGAGCCGGGACCGAGGGCCUACUGUUCUCGCUAGACGCGGAAAAAGCGUUUGACCGGCUGGGCUGGGGGUUCUUGGUCUCGGCCCUGGGAAGGUUUGGAAUCCCACAAUUUUUUUUUAUCCUAAAUAAUGGCCCUAUACAACGAACCAACAGCGGUAGUCUCUACGGGUGGUUACACAUCUGCCAGAUUUAAGGUGACAAACGGUACGAGGCAAGGUUUCCCUCUGUCUCCGAUUUUGUAUAUAUUAGCACUCUAACUGUUAGCGGAACUGAUCGGAUCCACACCCAACGUACAUGCUAUUAAUAUAGGAGGCGAAGAACACAAGCUUAGCCUCUUUGCGGACGACGUCCUAAUCACUAUGACCCAGCCAAGGACAUCAGUUCCAGAAGUCCACUUGUUACUCUCUAAGCUGGAACGCAUCCUUGCGUUCCACAUAUCAUCUCCCUACGAUUUGUAGGUUGUCCUUAUUCCUGUGGAGCGCAUACAUGCAUACAUGUUUGUAAAAUAGCAGGCAUAUUCUAUAAGAUUAUAUAUAUUUUAUUUUCUUGCACAGUCUGCACAUCUAUCUUUAUAAUAGGAAUCACUAAACUGUCACCUAUUCACACCAUAAUGUGCAUGAAUCUAUUUUUAAUUGACAAUUUUAAUAUUCUUAGCUUCACACUAUUGAAGUAUUUUCCCUUCUCUUUAUUGCAUUGAGAGACAUUAUGGAUUACAUGUACAAGAUAUUUGGAACGCAUGUAUGAGCUCCACAGGAAUAAGGACAACCUACAAAUCGGAGGGAGAUAUGUGGAACACAAGGAUGCGUUCCAGCUUAGAGAGGAACUCAUCCUUGUGUUCCACAUGCGUUUUUUUUUUUUUUUUUUCAUGCGUUCCAAUGGAACGCAAAACCCGGAACCAGAAGUGCGUCACAGAGAAACGAUACCCGGAAGUAACAGAGAAAGGAGGGAAAAAACAAAGCUGAAACAGAUUCAAAAGGAACACUACUCAUAGGACAGAAAGGCAGCAACUGAGGAAGCCUCUUGGAGAGGCGAAAUGCGUUUUGCUACAUUGUAAGGACUGCCAGUACAGACUGUAAGGUUUUUAAUUUAUUUUAUUCAUAAUAUAUUGUGCACUUUAUUGAAUAAAGCACUUUUGUUACCUUUACUGCAUGCCUGUGACUGCAAUCAAAGGAGGAUCCUCUACAUACAGAGGAGGGAGUGGGACCCCCUAUAUCCCACAAAGCUGAAUAUUUGAGCCUAAUACUUAUUGGCUCCCUACUUGUGAGUGUAAAUUCAUUGGAAAUAUUGACACUUUUCCCACAAGUUCAAACGAUAUUGCACCAUUAUUUGUCUUUUAUGUUUUAUUAUAGGAGUUUUAUCUAAUAGAAAGAAUUGUUCUUGUAUGUGCAUGUAAGAUAUUUCGUCUUAUUUAUAUUUGUGUUUUAUACUAUUGGUGAAGGUUAAGGGGACCCCACCUAGACGUUAGAGUAUUCUACAUUAGCACUAAGCACCCACUUAAUACCUGCAUAUUUUUAUUUCUACAUGAAAACACAUUUGACUUGUAGAAUUUUUCCAAAUCAGCCAUUUUAAACUUAAAUAUAAAAUCCACUUUAGUUAGUAACCCUGUGUUUAGUACUGUUGCAUCCUGUGAGUACGUUAUACACCACACAUUACUGUGAACUCUAUUUUUGUGGAGCUCUGUAAUUUAUUCAGAAACACCAAACCAUUUGAAAAGCUAAGAAUCAGAGGAAUUUCAUAGGAUGAAGACUGUAUUAAUAAUUGCCCCCUCUCUUCUAUCUCAGGUUGACAGGCAGCAAUUUGAGGAGACUGUACGGACCUUGAAUAAUCUGUAUGCUGAGGCUGAGAAGCUUGGAAGUCCGUCUUACCUGGAAGGCUGUCUCGCCUGCCUUACUGCAUAUACAGUAUUUCUGUGCAUGGAGACACACUACGAGAAGGUGAGACAAGCAUCCUUGAUAAAUAACCUGUUUAUUAUUUUCAGAUUCUGCAGUACUGGCUAAUAUGAGUAAAGGAUAAUAUGUUAUAAAGACAGAAACGGACUAGUGUUGCCAAGCUAACUAUUUAAAAGGGAAAGAAUGUGUUCCACAAAUUAUGUAUAGGGGUAGCCCUUGGUUCUUGCCAAAACCUGUCUAACUGAAGAUGACUAAUUUCCUUAAAAACCACCCAAGGUGUUAUUUUAGGGAACAGGGUGGCCAAAAUGUCACAUAACUAAAAAGGUGCCUUUUAGGGCAAUUUAUAGUUAUUUACAAAAUUAUUUUACAGUGUUGUACAAUGAAGAUAUGUGAUCUAAAACAAGUUUAAGUUUAGAGGGACAAUAACUGAUGAUCACGUUUCCCAGAUAUGCUAAAGUAAACUUUUUUCAACAUUGAUACAUAUUUUUAUUUAAAUGAACACUCUGGGCACCAUAAUAACUUAAUUGAAAUAAAGUUGUUAUGGUGCUAGAAGGUGCAUUGCGUUGCCUUACUUUUUAGAGGUUAAAUUCAUUCAUGAAUGGUUUAACCUCAUGAUCUCCUUUCCAGCACUGUUUGUCUCUGCACCCUUCACAUCUGCUUUUUCAAAAUCUUCAGAAUGGAAGUCUGGGAGAGCUGCUGGGAAGGGUCUUCACUGAUUGGUUAAGAGCAAUCAGUAGCUCCCCAUUCAUUAUGAAAAAUGGCUUGAAAAAGGUACUUGGAUAGCCACUAGUAGGAGUUCCUGCAUGAGUCCUGCAAUUUUUGCAUUAUCUAUGUUUAGUGUCUUUGCUCUCUGUAUGGCAAUGCUCAAUGCUCCCUAUAGCAAUGCAUUGAUUUAAUGCAUCUUUAUGAGGAGAUGCUGAUUGGCACACCUUGGCAAUUUGCUGCACAUGCGAACUAGCCUUUCAAUGCAUUGGUUCGGCUGAGAUCAUAAAGAUUGCUGAUCUCAGUUAAUGAGGUGGGACCUGCAGCACAGAGACCAGCACGGAAAGGAAUAAAAUGUAGCUGAAAGUAAGCUUAUCUUUUCAUUCUUGGGGUGAGGGGGCACGACUCCUAAAUAGUUAGUAGAAACACUAUUGUUAGGAAUACAUGUAUUCCGAAUGCUAUAGAGUUCCUUUAAGAUUGUCUUUCAAAAUGUUCCUAAUACCAUUUCUAGGACUCAUUUAUACAGUGGUUUGGUUCAAAGAGCCACAGUUGCCCUGCCCUAUGUUAAGGGCAUUCAAAUGGUUCCUUUUGGGGCUUUUAAAAGAAAGCAGAGUACAGAUAUUAAACGGACCUUUUUUAUUCCCGUUCAGCUGUGUUUAGAUGAAGUUUUUUAAGGAGAAUGAAUUGAGGCCUUUCAGCAGCUUUCAGAUGAAAUGCUUUGCAAUGUACAGACAGAUUUUAGAUUUAUUUAUUCAGGAAGGACUAGCCAGCAUAAAAACCCUCUCCCUGCCACAUUUUUCAUUAAAACCUGAAUUCCCACCCACAUACCCAUCCCUACCUAGCACCAAAGGGGUUACACGCAGACAGCUUGUGUCCUCAUCCCCUCCUGAAACCAACUGUAAAUAUUGGGCUGUUGGACAGCUCUCCCUAAGUGGUCGAAAAGAGCAAACGCUUUGGAUGAAUUCACCUCUGUGAGAGGUAUGUGAUCCAGACACACAAACCUACUGUUAAUAAAUUGGUCUUUUAUUUAUUUAUAACCUCCACGGCUCGGCUCUGCUUAGUACUGUUGGUUAACCCAUACACUGUCAGACUGUAUAGUUACAUAGUGUGCUGCCUUGUGAAUGUGAAUGCAAGCCAUUUUCUGAACAGGUGGAAGGCAUGCAGUAACUAGAAUAAAAAUAGAAUUAUCAUUAUUCCAAUUUUAUUUUUUCUUUGUCAUUUAACCAACUAAAAUCUAUACAGAGAUUUAUAAUUUUGCUGCUGUGAUGAAUAAAGGAAAAUGUGACCAGAAACUGCAAGAUAUGUGUUAAAAGAACACUGUAUCAUAUUUUGAUUUCAUACAAUGUUCACAAUUACAGUAUCAAAGUAUUCUUCCAGGAAAGGGUGUUCUUUGCAUGAUGUUCCUUGUGACUCUUAAAUAUUGCUGCUGGAGUUUGAUCCGCUUUCCUAUCUUAUGUUAUACGAAAAUCUAGGCUAAAUUAACACAGAUGAGGAAGGACAUUUUGGUGCCCUGCUCAUCAGUGUUUGCUUAAUUCCAAACUGCAUGAAACAAACUUUAUAUACCCAACAUGGUGGUAGCAUUCCCCUUGGUUACUACACCUUCUUUUUACCUCAAUUCCUGAUUUAUGCUAGUGUGUAACUCUUCAUUUGAAGUAGGACUGUCUACUGUUCUACUCUGGAAGACUAUAUUCAUGGGGCCUUCACUGCCAUAAUUGGGAAAGGCCACCCAUUUAAACCUGAAUCGCUACUUCUACACGACACCACUCUCCCCAUAGCCAAGUAUAAAAAUAGUUCUAAAAAAAAAUGUAUGAUUCUCUAUGGAGGAAUUGUAGACCUGUUGCUGUGAGGGCAGUGCAUGAGACUAUGUUCCCCCGAUCCUCUUCUAUGAGGAGCAUUGGAUUGGCAUGCCACCAGAAUAACGCAACCUGAGGGGGUGGUUGUGGCACCACUGGUGGAGGCCCUGCGCUGGAGAAAAGGUGAGUAAUUUGUGGGGGGAGGGGGAGGGUUUCAUUUUGUUGUGUACAGAUUGGGGCUUAAACUAUCUAGUAACAUCAGGACUGUAGCCUUAGGAGGACACAUAUAUGUAUACCUAAUGCUACAGUGUUCCUGCACUGUGUAUGUUAAGGCCUCCCUUAGCUUCUGCUUUAAAAAGGUGCACCAUUUUUAUGCAGCUAAUUUGUGUCAGAGAUUGAACAAGGAUUUAGAAAUUCUGUAGCAUUCUAUAGAAAUGCCUUUCACAUUUUGGCAUCAUGGGGUUAAAACAUUCUUCAAAAAAGUGUUAAUGUAGCAGUGUAUUGGAUGGAAAUCUGUCAAGUAGAAGUUACAUUCUUGAACUGGAAAGAGAUUAAUAAAACAUGACCAAGCAGUAGUUUAUAGCAGAAGUAUACUGCCCCCAUAGAUUACCUUUUUAAUCAUUAGUGCCAGCAGCUGACUGUGCAGAGAAUUUUAUUUGAAGUGCUAUCCAACUGAGACCCUCCAGAUGAGGUCUAACUUUCAGUAGGCUUCUGUCAACUUCUUAAGCUACAUGCCAUACUGCAGACCCGGACAACUGUGCUUCAGAGCAUUGCUUGCAAAGGAGACCAUCCCAUACUGGAUGUAAACUAGCUGGUGAUAAAUGAGUUAAUUGUUUUAUGUAAACCAACAAUAUUCCUUUCUGCUCCUAGUGCCCAGUGGUGCCUGAAUGGCUGGCAGUGGGCAGCUUAUCUGAAUCACUCAUUUUUCUGCUAAAAAAAAUAGUUAGGGUUAGAAUUUCCCUGCAAUUUCCUCCUCCCUCUAAUACCCUCAUUACCCGCACAAUGAACAAGAGACACUCUCCCAUCACAAGUCUCCAAGACUAUUCAUUCUUUUGUCAGAGUAGGUUAUCUCGUCAUCACUUCUGUCUCAUAUCAACAGUAAUCCUAAAUAUUACAUUUUUACAGGAAUAUACAAAUGUCAACAUUCGUUAACAGUGUCUGUACAGGGUUUUGUGUUUUUUUUUUUGUUUUCUGCAACCGUAUUCUAAUCUAUUUUAAUUAUCUUUCUUCACCUUUCCUACCUUCUCUCCCAAUUAACGCUGUUAGUUACGCAUGCUCCUUACAGGGCAACAGUCGCUUUCUAUAGGUUUUUAUAUUCCCUUUACUUAUGCCUUUUCUUUAACAAAUAUUUGGGAAGGCUAAAAAAUAAAAUCUACACCUCCUGUUUUACUCUAUUUUGCUACUGAGUGCCUUCAUCUUGGAUCCCUGUUGAUCUCUGCUAUAAAUGUUACCUUUGCACAUGUCACUCUGCAUAGAGAGUGGGAAAGAAACCGAAACCAUUUUAUUUUACCUCCUCAAAUGCAUUGUGUGUCCUGGUGAUUGCGGAAUCUUUAAAGGGACAUUGUAGGCAGCCAGAAGCUCACUGAAGUCGUCUAGGUACACGGUACAAUGAACUCUAUUGUCCUUAGUGCUGCAAUGUUAAACAUUGCAGCUCCAGAGAAACUGCAAUGUUUACAUUGCAGCACUAAGUCAGCCUCUAGUGUCCGUAUCAUUACUAAACAGUUUACUUUAUGUUUAGUAAAGAUUCUCUGUACCCAGCAGCCUCAAGCUUUACCUCCAGUGAUGAAAUGGCAGAGGAAGAGCUAUGCUACGCUUUACGCCAUACCAGGAGUAGUAGGCUGUGAUUGGCUAAAACCAUCAGUUGAGCACUCUUAGCCAGUCACUAUGCUAAUCUCUGGUAUGAAUUGGUAUGGACCGAGGUGGUAGCAUUGCUCUGUGUCAGUUAUUGCAGGCUGUGUCAUGUUUUUGAAGUGGAUUCUCUUUUUCUUGUAGGAUUUAAUUUUUACCAUGCUUUUGGUUCAUCUGUUGCCUUGUUAAGAUCUUCACCUGGAAUAAUUCAUUUCAUUUUGUGUUAUGUAUUCUGUCAGUGGAUGAGAUCUUAGGUGUGUUUUUAAAGAAGUAAAAUAAACCAAUUUCCGCUGAAGGUGUUCUCCUUCUUACAUCUGAGAAUAUAAUUUAGUUCACCUUUCUUUAGAUUACAUUGACUUUCCAACCAAUCCAUACCCUUCAAUGUAAUGCUCUUGCAUCAUACAUCAUUUCUCUUACUGAAGUCCUGAACCAGGUUGUGAAAGUGAGAGUGACAGGGCUGCCCAAAUAUAUCCUUUUGGUUAGAAAUGGCCCUCAAUGGCAUUUAGCAGGCUCACUGUUGGUAAUAUCAGCAUGUUCUGUUACGGUCAGUUGUUUCAGUCGAAGCCGAACCCCUAACUUGGUUGGUCCACCCCCUAUAGACCGCUAAGAAAUACAAAUUCAUAAUGACCUGCUUUGAAGCUAAACGCCAGCUGCCACAAUGGAAAGUGAAGUACUACUUUUUUUUGGGAAGCACCCAAGUGUACAUAGUACGACUAUUGCUAAUGCAGAGCAAAAAUACAUUGAUUAUAUUUCUACUUUGGCUACAAGUCCUUAGACCAGAUACCAGACCGAUAUCUUUAUAUUGUGACAUAAAUGGUCUCCAAAGGGUUAAAAUAGGUUAAAAUAAUAUCCUGUCGCUUGCUGCAGAUAUUGUACAAGUUGACGCUCUGACACAUCCCAGCAAGAUAGGAGUACAUAGUAAACAAAUGUCCGAGGCUUCCACCAGAAUAUUUAUUAUUUUACCAACAAGGAUACAUUGAGAUUUCUCUUGUUUUCAAGUAUGUCCCGGAACCACAAAUAUUGCAUUGUUACAAUAGGGUACAGCAUAAUAUUAAAAUACACAAAGUAAUAUUUCAAUACACAUACAUAGUCAGAACAGUAUUGCUGAUGGCAGCAUUGGCGAUUUAACUCUCUCCUUGCCUAGGGUUGUAAGCAAAACUUUCUCUUCCUGUUGAUGAAAUGACGAAGGCUGGGCAUGUUUUUCUUUAGAAAGAUUGAAAUUUUAUAUCCUUGCUUCAGUAAAUACUGACUCAAAAAAUGUGUGGGUUGUGAAAAAAAUCUUAAGUAUUUUCUAUGUAAGAACAACAGAUGCUGUGGUUGUUCCAAUAUUUAUCCAACGUGUUCUGUAACAAAGAUCUGUGCUCCAUAAAAAAGGCCUGGGAUUCUAAUAAGUCACAGCCCGCUGAACACUCCUAAUAUCUUAUAGAAUUAUUAGUAGAAAACCAAUGGUGUAUAGAGGAGUAGACCUAACACACUAUACAUUAAUUGUACGUUGCAGCCAGAAAACGAACCAUACAAUGUACCACUGCUCCAGAUCUAGAUUUGCCAGUGUUUGUUUGGUUAGAGAGAAAGAUUAACGGAUAAAACAAAUUACAACCAAACCAGAUGCAGUCAUAUUGUUUAUAAGUGGAUACAAAUACAUUUGAUUCGUGAUAAUGUCUUCUGACAUUGGGGGUAAAGUGAGUCAUGUAACAUAUUUCCUUAGUAACAAGAUCCUAUUUUCCUAUUGAUGGGGAGGUGUGUGGUGUGAUGCUGGUGUUGUUGCAAUUAUAUCUCUUCAGCAGUUAAUAAAACUGGAGAAUUCAUGACCACAGUAAAACAGCAGUAUUGAAAUGUACUGCUUGCUGACAGCAGUUGCCGUUUACGAGUUGGGAGAAGUGUUGCAUGAUGUUGUUUCCUGCCAUACAAACAACGGGUCGGACCCCUAAGGGAGCAUGCUGAAAAAGCCAGCCUCUAUCUAAGACUGGAAUAUAACAAAAUCACUUUUUUCUUUUCUGUAUGAUCUUGGAUGGAGGCUGGCCUUUAUCAAUGUCCCUGGUUAGGUGGUCUGACCACUUGUUUGCAAGGUAUUUUUGAACAGCCCUUGACAUGUAAUGGUAACUGUCUUUUCUACACUGUCUUUUUUUCAUACAAAAAAAAAAAAAAAAACUAUUUAAAUUUAUUUUUAUAACAUUUUAUUGAAAGCUCUAAUUCCUUUGUAUCUUCAAUUCUAUUUUCAUAGGUUCUGAAGAAAAUCGCGAAGUAUAUCCAAGAGCAGAAUGAAAAGAUAUAUGCUCCCCAGGGCCUACUCCUUACUGACCCGAUCGAGAGGGGUCUCAGAGUAGUAUCCUUUUUAUACAAACUAUCGUCCAAUAGAAUACUUCCCUGACAAGUUACAGACAUUUUUCAGAAAAUUAACAGGAGCCCUGAGAUUGAAAUUGAUUUGACAUUGUAGUUGUGUGAUUGUGCAGCAAAGUAUUUAUUGACAACAUAUCUGAAAACGAUUGAAAAAAAAUACUGAUCUGAGAUGUAUUUACAUCUAAAAUGACAAUUUUUCUCCAGCCUCUUUCUACAGAAUUUGUCUGAUACGGUAUAGGUCUGUUAAUAGCACAUGGAGACCUAUAGUCCACCUUUCCAGGUCAAGCAGGCAGAUGUAACAUCUAGUCUUGGCAGUGUCGCAUGAGAGUUCCAUUUAGCGCGUGUGUGUGUAUAUAUAUAUAUAUAUUCCAUUGUUUCCAAAUACAUGAAAGCAGGAAUUACUACCAGUGGGUUUUAGUUUAGUUUUUAUUUUGUCUUUUUAAAAAAUUCUUAAAUUGAAGAACAUUCUUAAAAUUUGUGGCAUGCUUUUCCAGAAUGUUUUGUUGUUGGCAUUCUGCCCCUCUGCCUCAUUCUCUGUCCCCAGCACUUGUAGGAAAGCUGUUCCCUUUGGUGCAUGUGACUUUCUAAAGCAUUUCUCGCAAUGAAUGGCCAGUGAUAGUCUGAGAAUGUCAGCUGAUGCUUUCAGCCUAUGACUAGCAUCUAAAGGAAAAGCUUAUUGGUAUGGCUGGAGGAGGUUCAAUGCAAAAUUCUGUACUGUUCAAAAAUGGGUUAUCCAUAUAAGGUAAGACGGAACUGAGGACCUCCAGACCCCAUAACUUCAUUGACACCAAGGUGUUAUGGGGUUGGAGGAUUCCUUUAAGUAGAUUAACCCUAUAACACCUGCUCCUUUCUUUCAAACUAGAGGUAUUUAUUCAGGCAGGGCACGUGUCAUGCAUUGCAUGUAUGCUGUUUAUCAUUUUUAUUGCACUCCAGUUUUCCCAUAUGUACUCCUAUACGUGUUAUUCAUUAAACAUUGAGUUGUGGCAAAUUGUAUGGCAAAAUAACUGAACUGAGCAAUUACCUGAGUUGGAAAGUGUUUCCAGCUCGUCUCUUUUUUAAAUAAAACCUGUGAUUCUCUAUCCGGUACUCCAUAAUUCCCCCUCUACUGAAUAAUGCCAGACGUUAAAGCAGGUUCUAACAAGGAAAGCCAAAUUAUAUCUGGAAAAAUAGAAUCAUAUUAUGUGAUCCAGAUUUACCCAUCUAUGUCUUGCUAGCCUGCCUGUAGUCUGGUUUAAUGCUUUACCCACACCUCGCCACAAUCCGUGUAUAGGUGUUGUUGCCUCAUGCUGCCCUAGAUUCACCCAAUUCCUUGCAUUUCCUAACCCUGCUAGUGAACACUUAUUGUGCCCUCACAUGCCCCAUUUAUAGUCCAUGUUGCUUUAUAGUUUCAUCACAACUAAUGCCAUCUUCUUGUGAGUGCUACAGCUGCCAGGUUCCUACAGCAAUGCUAACUACAGCUGUUGGCAAGUGCAGUACUAAUCGUGAUACACUACUGAUAAUUACCUGUAACUACCGGUCUGUCUAUAGAUUUAUACAGUGCAUAUACAGAGCAAACCCUGCUGAUCUGCACUAGUGAACAGAUGGUGUAUGUCACGGAUAUCACCGCUAUUCCUUCACUGCACCACCAGAUCGAGAUUACCAUCUUUGAGGACAGAAGCUUGACUGGAAGAUAGAACACACCAGGUAAUUAAUAUGUAAGAUUCAUUACAUAGAUCUUAUUGCUUGUACUAUAUUUAACAGUCCAAUUGUUACCUCUUUUUAAACACCAUGCAGACAGAGAAAUAAAAAAAAUUUAAAAAAAAUGUUAUUGCUCAGUCAUAGACCUAUGUGGUAUUUUGUUGUUUUUUUAAAGAAAGGUCGUCAGAAGCAGUGCUUACUUAACAAAGAUUUUUGUGCUUUGCCCAGAAGCUCCUUUUAUCGAAUUAAUGAAUUUUGCAAUGUGAAUGCAAAUGGCACAGGUGACCAUUUUCCUAAUAGGCCAAUCAUGGAAUGCUAGCAUAUGUUCUUUGUACACUACUUUGAAUACUCUUUGGCCCUUUAAGGGGUUAAUUGUAAGAUUGUUUUGUAUUAAAUAAAAAAAAAAUAAUUCAUUUAACAUACUGUGCUUCCGGAAUAGCUGAGUCAUGUCUGAGGCUUAUUCACAAUAUAAAACCACCCAUGGUAAAUGAUAUCCGAGUAAUACAGAGCUGUUCUAUUCCCCAAAAAUAUGAAUCCUAUGAGUCCUAAGGAAAGUAACUUGGUUUACUGAUCUAGUUUGUUUUCUGCUUUUUUUUCCUGGAAAUAAGACUUGGAUAGGAGACCUAAAACCUUAAUCCAAAACAGACAUAAAUCCAGGCACCUCUGAAAAGAAAUGGCUCGUUGUGCAAGAACAUAUUUUUUUUUAUAUAUAGAUUCAUAUAUUAUCUGAAAGAUGCAUGAUUCCACUUAAAUAAAAGUAUGUAAUGGUCUUGCGUAACAUGUUAUGUCUCCUUUCCCUAGGUGGGUCGGUCCUUCUACAGUAUAUAUCGUUGUCCUCUGCUAAGACGCCCUCCCAACAUUCCUACAUUCGCCAUUCCUGUGUUUUGCAGCAGUCCCACACCAACUCACUUAUGCUAUCAUGUAAUGGACCUAAACCACUGACUUUGUGCCAACCUGUGCCCAUCCCACUCUCCGACGCAAUAAACAUUAAGCAUCUUUUGAACUCAUGGGACUUCGCCUUCUCCAGGACAUUAGGGGAAAAUGAGUAAAAUUAAGAGUGGCAGAGUCUUUUUAAUGGGGGGUUGGGGAUUGUGCCAAUUUUCUGUGAAAUGUAGGUAGUUAAUUUUGUACUAGGGAUGCUACCCAGAUUCCCUCUUUCCUUUUUUUUUGUUCCAAACUGAAGUUGAAUGGCAUUGGUGAACUGCAAGGAUGACCAACAGGCUGGUUUGGUUCAAGGAAACAGAAAAGGCUUGUGAUAAAUAAGGACAAAAUAGGCAUCUUUGCAAUGGGAUGAGCUACAAGAAUGUUUUGUGUCAAAUUAACCAAUAUCUGUCACUUUGCAUUCAGUUUUACUUUUUUGUUUAUUGUCUCCAGAUUGCACAAGGGUUUCAUGUCAUCCUCUCCAAUUUUGCUCUUUCACACACAAAUGUAUCCACUAGCUUUCUCUCACCUACUCAAUGACAUUACUAUUUCUUUCAGUCUGAUAUCCCUUCUUUCUCAAAAAUUCAUAGUUAAAGGGACACCUCAGUUAACACAUUUAAAUCUGUGAAGAACGCAUUCCGAGAGAUAUACAAAAUUAGAGGGUGGAAAAAAGAUACAUUUUGAAGUUUCUGAAUUUGCUGUAAAUUCCUGGGUUUUGCAGCUUCUGCAAAGUAUUUUGGUAUUGUAUUUUGUGCUGUCAAGAGCAGAAAGUGACUCAUAAUGCUCAACUACCUUCCUAAGGCAGUGCUGAGCUCAUCCAUAUACAGUUCAUGAAUAUAGCAAGGUUAGUUUGUUAUAGUUAAAUUGUCUGCUUUCUACUUUGUAGUCACGGCCCACUAUACAGCUGUAAUACUGGAUUGAAAAGGGAAAUCUUACAGGAAUGGGCAGAUAAAUUUAAAAAAAACAAACAGCAUAACCACCUGUAACUUAGCCUACACAUUAUAUCUAACGUGUGGAUGCUUGAAGAUCCCUUUGUGUUAUUGCUUAGUUGAAUCCUCUGCAAAAUGCUGCAACUUUAAACCACACACCUUCAUUUAAAAAAUGACAUUGUCAUUUUGAGCCCGAGUCAUGUUUUAAGUUACAUUUUGAAUUUUAACUGAACCAAUAAAUUAGCAAACGUUUUAAAGUAUUAUCCCAUGUUUCAUGUUCCAUUUCACGCUUUGAUUGCAAGCUAGCAGAUCACAUAGAAUAGAUUACAAAGGAAGGGAUAGGGAAAUUAUUGCAUGGAACUUCUGUGCAGGUUACUUGCAACCAGAACAUGAGACAAAUACAUUUUUAAAACAUUUGCUAAUCUUCACAUUUCACUAAAAUGUUAAGAGAUUAUUUAGAAGAUGUUUGAAUGGCACUGUUCGUUUACAUUACCCCUAUUACAUUACGCUACAUUACCCACCAUUUAAUAUUGCCUUCUCUGGGUAUCAGAGGAGUAUUAAUUUAUUUCUGAUUAAUGAAAACAUUUGGUGGUGUAUUUUUGGAUAGAAAAAUAAUUUAGAAACACUAAGGGAAUAUACAGAUUUCACCAUUGAGGUUAUGUAAAACAACACCCCCUUCCUUUACUCAUGCAUUAUUUUGGCAUGUGCUUUAUAAAACCUCUUUUUUUUUUUCUUCUCAAAGGUAACUUGUACAAGUGAUCAGCUUAAAUGUGAUUUGACAUUUCACUAAUUUUACAAGUUCUAAGCAGCCCAUGCCAUAAACUGUGUGAAAUGAGUAUGUUUGUUACCUUAAGCUACUUGGCAAACAUUGAAACUGUGCUCCUUCGUGUAAGCUUCAGGCAGUAAAAUGGUUAACACCUUCACUGUGUUUGGUAACUAUCAGUCUUAUCUGGUGUCAAAUAGAACCCCACGCCCUUUUCUUCUGAAAUUGCCCACCUUGUGUAUAUUGAGUAAUUGUAACAAACCAUGUGCUUUUAUGUAUUGACUUUAUUAUUAAUAAAUAUAAUUUAUAGGGA